AUGGAACUAUCUCUAGCAUUAACAUCAACAGAUCAUCAUCAUCAGGUUAACAAUAAUCCAUCACCUUCAGAAGCACAUCCAGACACUAUGGACUUUCUAUCUCGAGAAUGGUGUAAUUUUGCUGUUCAGUCGCUUCAGCCCGACCAUAUUAUCUACGACCGUUCCAUUGUCCCCGUAGGGACAUCAAUCGCCAGGUUUCAAGGGGACUUAAGUCUUGUUCCUUGUGGUACGAUGGAUAAGAGUAUGAAGAUGGACGAUCCAGAUUUUAAGCCCUCGAUGCCUUCAUGGAAAACCAAUGAUGUCAAGUCAUGGAUAUGGAUGCAACAAGCAAUGCAUCCGGAAUUGAGCUACGAUGGCUUCUUCCGCAAGAAACUUAAACUUCCUUGGAAGAUUACACCAUCGAUAAAGAAAUGGUGGAAAGAGAUUAAGGCCAAACGAAAGGAAGAAGUGAGGCUACAGAGAGCUGAAGUCCACGCCGCCGUUUCAUUAGCCGGUCUGGCCGCCGCCCUCGCCGCGAUAGCUUCAGAGAACGCAGGAAAAGACGGUGGAAAUGGUCGACCAACAACUAAAGAGACAGCCGUGGCUUCUGCAGCCGCUGUGGUGGCGGCACAGUGUGCUGAGAUGGCAGAGACAAUGGGAGCAAACAGAGACCAGCUCAGCACAAUGAUUGGUUCCGCUAUGACUGGGACAAGUGUUAGUGAGAUACUCACUCUCACUGCCUCAGCUACAACUUCCUUGAGAGGUGCUGCGACGUUGAAAGCAAGAAGAAGUUGCAAGAUCAAUAGAUUGAACGGCUCUGCGCCUGUGUUACCUAUUGAAGACUCCUCUGAUCUGCCUCCUGAAUUUGACAAGAACACGUCCCUUCUUGCUCAAGGAACCGAUCUCUUCGUUGAGACACCAGAUGGUGAUUUCAAGGUUAGGACAGUGUCUAUGAUCUUAAACAAGGAUGCAAAGGUGAUACUCAAAAUGAAGAAACAUAACCUACUCAGGACUAAGAAAGAAUGUAUUGUGACGAAUGUUCACGUGGAGCUUUAUAAAGAUUCGGAGACUGAAGAGAACAACAUGGAGGACACUUGUUAUCUCAUUGUCCUGAAGACGAACAUAGGAGCUAUCAAAAUAGACAUGGCGGAUGAUUACGCUCGUUAUAAGACAUGGGUCACAACGGUUCAACACAUGCUCGCUCUUUCUUGUUCUUCUUCAUUCCAUACAAAUUACGAUCUCACUUUCUACAACAAAAACUGAAUUUUCUUUUACUUGUCAUUGUUCUUCAGUUUCUCUAUGUAUUUUACUUUAAUUUGCAUGUUUUUAUUUUAUAUCCUCCUCUACUUCUACUUUUUUUCUCUCGUUUUGAUUUUAUAAUAAUGCAUAACAACUUGAGAACUUACGUUUCUUAUACUCCACAGACAUCAGUAACGUUCUAAGUAAAGUAUAACCUGAGAUUUUAGGCAUAAAAUGCUCAAUUGCCUUGAGGAUCAAGUUAGAAAAGUAGUGAGUCCUUUAUUCUAAUAUUUCAAAGGCAACAUGUAAUGAAGAUAAAGUGGAAAGUGGGUAUUUAAAAUUUUCUCUCUAGGAUACAACAUAUCUGCUACAUUAUCAAAUAACACAACACUGGACCUUGUAAUCAGAUUCUCAUAAAGUUGCAACAAUGAAACCAAAAAGCAAGAACAAGAAGAAAUAUACACUUGUUACAUCACACAUUCGGGAUGAACCACCUAGCAUCAAUGAACUUGUUAGUUGAAGCCAUAAAUGGUUCUACCUUGCGAGUAGCAAGACUGUAGAUAAAUAUAUGAUUAGUGCCAAACCGACACCACUAAAAUAGAUAGAGUUUGAUUUGAAUCCUUGAACAUCGUUGGCAGAGACGGUGAUUCCAAGGUAGAAGAUCAAAGCCUGGUCGCCAAAGAAGCCAUUUCAUCCCAUUUGUUGGUGGCAUGGUUCUUCUUGAAGACAUAGAAGGUGCAAGAGGUUUUGUGGAUAUUGUAUAUUCUGACCAUCAGAGCCUCGCCAGAUGUAGUAACAACAAGCCUAUUGAUUAUGAAAGGGGACAAGAAACGAGGAGGAUAGUAGAAGGGAUAUGGAGGAUGGGUUAAAACAACAUGAGAGUCCCCUGAGAAGUCAUAGAUCUCAAUGAAAGAAAGCCUAGUAUACAUGUAGAGCAUGAGGGCUUGGCAUACAAAGUCCCUUAAUCCAUUAAUCCCAACAUAAGGAUACAUCUUCCACAAGUGGCAAUACACCGACUCUGUGUGAAUUCUCCACACUCAGGUUUCGACUUUUGUAAACCAAACCUCUCUCGGCAGGAUUCAACAUGCGACAAGAAUAACCGACUGGUUAUUAAAGCUGACAAGAGUCAUGUCACUAGCUCCACUACCACUAGACUUGCCAAUGAUGAAAAAAAGCUUUCAACGGUUUUGUUUUAACUUCGUCUAUCCCACAUCCUCACCUUGAAAAUCUCUGAAGCUAGAUCAGAAGAGGUUAUAGUAACAGUGUGUGGAAAACUUUCAGCUUCCACAUUAUGUUGAAUAAAAAAUGCAUGGAGCCUAAACAACUUAGGAGGUGCUGAAAGGAGCAGUGUUCUAACUCCUUGAGAUAUUAUUGUGGAGAUCAGAAUGUCAUCUUCAGAAAAGUUACAAGCAGCAAAUCUUGUCUUUAACUCUUUUUGUCAUCAAGGAAGUCGACAGCUAAAACAUCAUGUUACUUUGUUUUACAAACUCAUACAUCAAAGGUAGCUAUAUCUCCAUCAUAUAUUCAUAUCUCGUCAAAUUCCUUUUGUUUACUAACUUGAAAAAACCAUAAUCUUUUCAAAAACUAUAUAGUUUGCACUAAUUUUGAAAUUACAUAUGUCACCAUAUGAAUUCUCAACGAGGGUAAGAGUUGGUCCUAAUUAGUAUAUGUGUGUGUUUUCACCUUAUGGCCUUCAUUUCAAAAUAUUAAUAUGUUUGCAAAUUUUCUAAUUUCUUUUGGAUUUCAUGUCAAUAUUAGCACUAUACUUUUGAUUUCCUGCCAUUUUGAAAUUGAAAUUGAGAUGCAAGAAAAGAUAAUUUCUAAUUUCAAAUUUGAGGUAAGGAGGUAAGGAGAAAUCUCUGAAUUUAUAAGUUAUAACGAUCCGAGUGAUUAUUACAACGACCAAUAAAGAUACGUUAUUUCAAAACUCGGAUUGAUAAAAUUAAGCUACCGAAUUCAGCAUGACUUACUUGCGUGUUUUUCAAUCCGAUCGAUUGGGCUGGACAAGCUAAUAUAUAUAUUUUAAAAAAUAUUUACAUAUUUGCGAUAUAGGAAAUUUAAUUUAUUGAUGAAAUUUAAACAAUCAUUAAUAUUUCUAGACAUGUAUUGAAACAAUACUGAUCAUUAUAGAUUUCAAUUUAAAACUUGAUUAGAAUAAAAUUAACUUUUCCAAUGUCAGAAUACAUUAAAAGAUCCAAAACUAUUAAAAAUAAAGCUCCAAUGAUACAGUGGAGUAGAAACUAGUAAGGGAGAGAUCAUUCAUUUGCUACAUUUAAUAUCCAUACAUACAAGGGAUUGAGGAUAAACACCAACUCAUCAUGAGGUUGGACUUCUUGAUUAGGUAAAAUAUGAAGUCAAUUGCAAUGGAUUAUUGCAAAAAAA